UCUGUAUCAGCCCCGUGCAGAUUCCCUCCCCAAAGCUAUGGCGUUACUCUCCCCCAACAUUCUGGUUUCCGUGGGUGUCUUCACCAUCGUCUGGACGGUCUGGUGCCUGGCCACGUUGAUUGUCAACGUGUCUCGGGCUCGAGCGACGGGCCUCCACUAUGUGAUUGUCCCUUGUUCCAUGCUCGGCGCUCCCUGGCUGUUGACUCAACCGAUGCUCCUCCCUUUUCUGAAAGCUCUGCCUGAAUGGUGGACGGAGAAAUGGCUUCCACUGCUUCUUUUUAACGAGGGAUGGCACAAUGGCUAUGAACCGUUCCGGCGUGUCGGAGCAGACACAUUUCUGGCCGUCUCGCCCAGCGAUAUGAUCCUCUAUACUAGCGACGCCGCUGUAGCGUCGCAGCUCUUCCAAAAUAGUCGGCUUGGAAAACCAGCGCAUUUAAUGGGCCUAUUGAAUAUAUUUGGCCCGACUUUAACAGCGGCUGAUGGAGCAGAGGCGCGGUUAUACCGUCGCACCGUGGCCCCAUUUUUUACCGAGGGGACCAUGCGGGACGUGUUUGUUGGCGCUGUCCAGGGAGGUACAGAAUUGUUACAAGCGUUGAGACAGCCGGCGGCCUAUCGUCAGCUACGAACUCUAUCCGCCAAACUCUCACUCCAUCUACUCAGUCGCUUUUGCAAUCAGGCCGAAACCCAAGAAGAUCUGGUAAAUAUAUUGCAAUGUAAAGACAAGCCGCAGGGCACACAUCGCAUGACCUACAGUGAAGCUGUGUUCACCUUGCUGGAGAACUAUACAACCGUAUUUCUGUGUCCACAUGCGCUUCUCCGAAUGUCGCCUUUUAAGACCCAUCGUCAGGCGGCCACAGCAUUUGCAGAAAUGCAUCGCUACAUGGAAGAGAUGAAGGAAAAGAAGGUGGCAGAACUCCAUCAAAAGCCUCCCACCUCAUCAAAUAACUCUUCAAGUAUCCUAGAGCUUCUCGUUCAAGCUGGGCUCCCAGCCGCGGAUGGAAGUCCAGCUGUGCUUAGACAGGACCAGGUAAUUGGUAAUAUCUGGAAUUUUGUAUUCGCCGGCCAUGAAACCAAUGCCAACACGCUCACUUUUAUCAUAUUGCUUCUGGCCUGUCACCCCAUCACCCAACGCACUAUGCAAGCCGAUCUCGAUCGAAUCCUCCAGGACACACCACCCGACCAGUGGACCUAUGAUGCACACUUCAAUCCGUUGAUGAACAGUCUCGUAGGGGCCGUGAUCAACGAAACCUUGCGUCUUUUCACUGUUCUGCCGGUGAUUCCAAAAUAUGUACCCCCGACAGGACCUCCGGUGUCUAUUAUUAUCGAUAGCCAGGUCCAUCCCUUGCCACCGGGUACAGUUGCUUUUGUGAAUACCAGUGCCACUCAUCGCCAUCCACAAUAUUGGCCACGUCGGGAAUCCAGUACAGACUCGAUAGCUUCUAACAAUCGCAUGAAGCGGCCGUUCGCAGUAUCUGACUUCGAUCCCGAACGGUGGAUUCAAACGACAGAUAGUGCCAAAAACAAAUUUCUGAACCCAAUUCCCGGUAGCUUUAUUCCAUUUGCGGAGGGCAGCCGAGCAUGCCUGGGGUAUCGUUUUGCUCUGGCAGAAUUGUGCGCCUCCGUAGCAAUCAUAUUCAAGUCGUUGUCGGUGAGCCUGCUUACCAGAGAUGAAGAAGGCGACGGCAGCAGCUUUGGAGGUUCUGCAGAUACCUGGGAAGCAGCAAGAGAUCGGGCCGAGCUUGCCCUUUCCGAGGGCGUUAAGUUUGAUAUGAGUUUGCGGGUCGUUCACAGUCUACCGGUUCGAUUUGAGGCGCGUAAAUAA